UUUACGGCGGUGUUUGCAGCAGCGGCGUGUGCAGUGUGAGGACAGGAGAGACCGGCUGGAUCCCGGGCUGUGUGUGAGUGUGUGCGGCUCCUCUCCCCGGCCGCCUCCCUCCUCCUCCUCACCAUGGACUAUGACUUCAAGCUCAAGCUGACCGGAGAGCGGGAGCGGGUGGAGGACCUGUUUGAGUACGAGGGCUGCAAAGUUGGAAGAGGCACCUACGGGCAUGUGUUCAAAGCCAAGAGGAAAGAUGGGAAAGAUGACCGUGAUUAUGCUCUGAAACAAAUAGAAGGUACUGGAAUUUCUAUGUCUGCAUGCAGAGAAAUAGCUCUUCUACGAGAAUUGAAACAUCCAAAUGUAAUUUCUCUACAAAAAGUGUUUCUCUCCCAUGCAGACAGGAAGGUCUAUCUUUUAUUUGAUUUUGCGGAGCAUGAUCUAUGGCACAUAAUCAAAUUUCACAGAGCUUCUAAAGCCAACAAAAAACCAGUGCAGUUACCUCGGGGAAUGGUGAAGUCGCUACUGUAUCAGAUCUUAGAUGGCAUUCACUACCUGCAUGCCAACUGGGUUUUACAUAGAGAUUUGAAACCCGCUAAUAUUUUAGUCAUGGGUGAAGGUCCAGAGCGAGGACGAGUAAAAAUAGCGGACAUGGGAUUUGCACGAUUAUUUAAUUCACCUUUAAAGCCUUUAGCAGAUUUAGAUCCUGUAGUUGUUACAUUCUGGUAUCGAGCUCCAGAGCUGCUCCUAGGGGCCAGGCAUUAUACCAAAGCUAUUGAUAUUUGGGCUAUAGGAUGUAUAUUUGCAGAGCUUCUAACGUCAGAGCCAAUAUUUCACUGUCGUCAAGAAGACAUAAAGACUAGCAACCCUUACCACCACGACCAGCUUGAUAGAAUAUUUAAUGUCAUGGGCUUUCCAGCAGAAAAAGAUUGGGAGGACAUCAAAAAGAUGCCCGAGCACUCUACAUUAAUGAAGGAUUUCCGCAGAAACACGUAUACCAACUGCAGCCUUAUUAAAUACAUGGAAAAGCAUAAAGUAAAACCAGACAGCAAAACAUUCCACUUGCUUCAGAAACUCCUCACAAUGGACCCAAUAAAGAGAAUUUCAUCUGAGCAAGCUAUGCAAGAUCCGUAUUUCCUUGAAGAUCCACUUCCUACGUCAGAUGUGUUUGCAGGCUGUCAGAUACCAUACCCUAAACGGGAGUUCUUGACAGAAGAGGAGCCUGAGGAUAAGGGAGACAAAAAAAACCAACAGCAGCAGCAAGGCAAUAAUCAUACCAAUGGCACUGGGCACCCGGGAAACCAAGACAACAGCCACGCACAAGGACCGCCGCUGAAGAAAGUGAGAGUUGUCCCCCCUACCACUACCUCAGGUGGACUCAUCAUGACCUCAGAUUAUCAGCGUUCCAAUCCACAUGCUGCCUAUCCAAACCCUGGACCAAGCACAUCACAACCUCAGAGCAGCAUGGGAUAUUCGACUACCUCCCAGCAGCCUCCACAGUACUCCCAUCAGACACAUCGGUACUAGAGUGUACCAGGAAAAACGUAAAUGCACUGUUGCUUUGGCUGCAGAGUUGAGCUUGUAGCCUCCUGCCUGGAGCCUGGCUUUGGAAUGUACUUUACUGUACAACCACACCUUGACAAUGUCCAGCAGCCAAGUUACACAACAUUUCUCAGAAUGUAGAAUCCCACGGGGAGGUUUCAAGAGAGCGCAAGUUCUAGCACAGUCCAUAUUGUGAAUUUGCUACUUCCAUAGUAUACUUGAAAAUGGUUCAAUGCGACCAAUGCAUUUCUUUCAGUGAUGCUAACAGUUAAAGCUGUGAAGUAUGCUUGGAACAAACUGUUUUUCGUUAUUGUAUGUGGUGACUAUUAGCAUAUUAUCUGACCAAUAAUACCUUGAUAUUUUUCCCUUUUUCUUAAAUUUUAUUUUUUUCCCCCAUGUUCAAGUAAUGGCUCAUAAACCUCGCACAAAGCCCAAAAGGCUAAUCCUAGUCAGAUAAAUAAGUUUUUUUUUGUUUAGGUUUUUUCUCAUUUUAAUGCUUAGGUGAUGGCAAAGAAAUGACGAUCAGUAUUUUUGUUGACCAGAAAAUUUGUUACAUUUUAUCCCUGUUAUAAAACCUUUCUUGUAUGAUCCUCCCAAAGAUUUUAAGGGUUAAUAUAGAUGGACACAGAGGCUGCCAUUCAGUUGUUGAUUGGAUGUGAUGGCUGCACGGUGAGCUACAUUCAGGCAAUCUCCCGGUGAGUGCGUUCCUUUUUUUUUUCUAAAGUGUAUGAAAGAAGCUGAGCAUACAUGACUUGAUUUCUCUCAUUUAGUCCUUAUUUUCCCUUAUCCUUGCUUAGGGUAUGGAUGGAAGAAUCUUUAUUGCCAGAUAAUGGGAUGCAGGCACCAUUUUUAAAAAAUGUUGAAAGCUUUAGGUCUACUCAAAAGUGCCAUUGCAGUUUUAAGUGGAAUCUGGCAAGCUUUCUAGUCCUCUGGCAGUAAUGGCUGCUCCGCCAAGUUGUCAUAGCUGUCACAGAGGGAUCUGAAUAUCUUUAAUGGAAUUAUGUUUUACAAAAAAUAAAGAUGGUUGAGUCGCUCAUGUCCUAAAAAAAAAAAAAAAAAAAAAGUUUUUGUUAAAAAAUCUCAAAUGAAUAUUGUAUUCUUAGAAAAGUAUGUGGUUAUUGCAUGUGUUUAUUUAGCCCAAUAAUUGCUUGUUUUUUAUUUAUAUUUUUAUUCUCCCAUCUCCCAAACCAAGCUGUCCAGUAAAAGUGAUGGGUUUUGGGACAAUCAUGCAUGUAGACGUUUGCAGGUAUUUUAAAUGCUUAGAGUAGUGAUGGCAAACCUUGGCACCCCAGAUGUUUUGGAACUACAUUUCCCAUGAUGCUCAACUACACUGCAGAGUGCAUGAGCAUCAUGGGAAAUGUAGUUUCAAAACAUCUGGGCUGCCAAAAUUCACCAUCACCGGCUUAGUCAUUUUUUGGUAUGUUCCCUCGCCCAGGGAGCCACAGCUGGUGCUUACAGCUUUCAUACAAGUGAAUACAAAGUUUUCACAUUUGGGAAAUGCAUUGCAUGAACAGGUAAACCCCUGAUGCACGGAAGCAUCAGCGUUUACAAGACUAUAGCCACAUACAGCUGUUCACUUGUAUGGCAGUCUGUACGAACUAGCUGCAAUUACCCGGGUGUGGGUAAGUGCCAGAAAUUUUCAUUUGGCCUAUAAAAUGCCUGCAAACGUCUGUGCAUGAGGCCAAACAUUGCUGGGGUGCUUAAGCAGCUGCAGGAACAAUUUUUUUUUUUUUUUUUUUUUUU